UGAAUGACCACAAAAUGAGUUCAAACAGCGUAGAAGCGGAAUAUAUGGAUAUCGCCAACAAGAACGCAUGGCCUAUUAUCUAUCAGAAAAUUGGCCGGGAAUGUCAAACUUAUCCAUUUACAUGUACCGAAGCCAAGAAGCCGCAGAAUAAACCUCUCAACCGCUACCGUGAUGUUAGUCCUUAUGAUCACAGCCGUAUCAUCCUUAAACGCUGUGAGCGGGACUACAUCAAUGCUAAUUUAGUUAAGAUGGAGAAGGCCAAUCGUAAGUAUAUACUUACGCAAGGGCCUUUGGCAUUCACCGUGAGCCACUUCUGGUUAAUGGUAUGGGAGCAGAACAGUCGCGCCGUAUUGAUGCUGAACAAGAUCAUCGAGAAGAACGAGAUAAAAUGCCACUGGUAUUGGCCGCAUGGUGUCGGCGAGAAGCAGAAGAUGGUGUUGAACGAUGUGAAGUUAACAGUGGAACAAAUAAGUGAGGAGGACUGCAAUUACUACUCCACGAGGGUGUUCAAAAUCUUCGACAUGGAAAGUUCAGAGAGCCGGGAAGUAAUCCAGUUCCACUACACUACGUGGCCAGAUUUCGGAGUGCCCACAUCACCGCUGGCGUUCCUCGAGUUUCUCAACAAAGUUCGUUCAUCGGGUGCUCUGAGUGAAGAUGUUGGACCUGCUGUUGUCCACUGCAGUGCCGGCAUAGGCCGUUCUGGAACUUUCUGUUUGGUUGACUCUUGCCUGGUGAUUAUUGAAAAGGAGGGUCUCGAUAGCGUCAAUAUUCAGCAGAUACUGUUGGAGAUGCGUAAAGAUAGAAUGGGCCUGAUCCAAACACCUGAUCAGCUGCGGUUCUCCUAUCAGGCUAUUAUCGAAGGCGCCAAGAGGCUCGAUCCUAAUUGGAAAGAAGAACAAAAGAUGGAGGAGAGUAUAUAUUCUUCGGUAGCAGAAGAAAACGAGGAAGAAGCUCCCCCACCACCGCCGCCCCGGGCUGAGAGCCUCACCCGAGCACCAGCGCGACCUUUGCCAGCCAUUCCCACUAGCACAUCACUCGGUAACCUGAACUACACUGCUCAGGAGUCGUCCAGCUCGGAUGAAUGCCCACCGACGCCUCCCGCCCGGGAGUCCUCUUCAGCAUCCUCCUCUCAAGCUUCCAGUGCUGAUGACGAGGACGAUGAACCGCCCCCAGCACCUGUUGACAGCGGAGACAGCGAGUCCCGAGAAUCGUUGCGCAAACGCCGUAACCGCGAGCUAGCUGAACGUGUGUCGGCGAUGAAGCGCCGCGGCCGCGAUGCCGAGAAGUGGCACGCGCUCAAGAGGUUAAAAUCGGAGGGAAACCCUCCUACCGAACCACGUGAAGACUGAGAAGAUUAGGUAAAACUUAGAACAAUUAUUGUAUUAUGAAACAAUGGGACAUAUCUUUGUUAGAGGUGAUUAGUUCUGAGGAGCGUGCAGUCGGCGUGGGUUCAUGGCGGUUUUCCUUGGUAGAUGCCCCGUAGCAUUUGCCUGGUUUGGAGUUACACUUAAUAAACUAUUAUUUCACAAACGUACUACUCUCUUUGUGAGGGGUAAAGUUUUAUAAAUGCCCACUUUUAAUGGUGUAAAAACUAAAAUGUAAAACACUUUUGUGAACUAAAAACUUCUUCCAAACAGAACCUAAUUCUGACGUAGUUAUAAAAUCUUAGACAAACUAUACUGCCUCUAAAUUUUCUAAUAUUUAGAAGUAUAAGUACGUAAUUAUUUGUAGUAUGCAAUUAAUAAUUAAAUGUACAAAAAAUUAAAAGUAAAUAUUUGAAAUUAACUGAAAUGCUGUACACAGUGCGUGCCAGCCCUAAUAUUACUGCAGAUAAU